AUGACACCACUCGAUUGGUUAAAUGUAUCGAAAACUGGAACAUUUAUUCAACAUACAUUCGGUGCAUUGCCAUUAAUUGGCUCGUUGAAUGAUGCCGGUGUCUUAUCAGUCACUUCAAAAAGUUCAAGUUCAAAAUCAUGUACAUUACCAUCAUUAACAUCAACGAAACAUUCUCGAUUAUCUACACCAUCACUUUCUUCAAGUGAUGGAAAAGGUAAACGUCCAUUAUCAUUUUCUCCAAUGUCUGAUAAUUUAUUAAUGCAUACACAACAACAACAAUCAAUAGAAAUGAAUCUUAUUUCAAAUGUUCAACAUUCGAAUCAUCUUCCAUCUAGAAUUCUUACCCCAUUAAUUGAACCUAAUGAAAUUCAAUGUCAAUGGUUGGGUUGUGAUCUUUUAUUUUCAACACCAAUGCAAUUAACAGAACAUAUUCGAUCUGUUCAUAUUAAUCGAACUGAUUCUCGUACAUGGUUAUGUCAAUGGCCAUCAUGUACACGUAAUCGAAUGCCAUUUAAAUCACUUUAUUCAUUAUUUCUUCACUUACGAACACAUACACAAGAUCGACCAUAUCAAUGUUCACAUAUUGGUUGUACAAAAACAUUUACACGUGCAGAAUAUCUGCGUUUACAUGAACGUUCACAUACAGGCGAAAAACCAUAUCCAUGUGAAUAUGCUGAUUGUUCAAAAGCAUUUAGUAAUCCAUCGGAUCGAACAAAACAUAUUAAACGAACACAUUUAAAUAAAAAAGAAUAUAUAUGUCAAAUUCAAGGUUGUAGUAAAUCUUAUACAGAUCCAAGUUCAUUAAGAAAACAUGUUAAAAAUAUUCAUGGUGAAGAUGCAUUUCGACAAAAAAAACAUAAACGUACAGAUAAUAAUAAUGAUAAUAAACAAUUUGAAGAAACAAAGAAAAAUAUUUCAAAUACAAUAUUAAUUUCAAAUUUAAAUUAUCCAAAUGGAUUAAAUAAUCAAUCGAAUAUUCUUAUGGAAAAUAAUGAUGAUGAUGAUGAAGAUGUUAUUGUUGAUCAAGGAGUUUCAUUAAAUGUUGAUAUAUUAGGAGAUACCUUAGGAGGAUUAUCAGUCAGCACUUCAACUGCUUUACCUGUUCAUCGAGCAUCGAAGACAAAUUCUUUAAAACAAAUUGCAAAAAAAGCUGUUCUACCAGCUAUACAUAUAACAGGAGUUUGUGAAACAGAUGGAGACGAAACAUCAUCAAAUAAAGGACAACAACAUCAAGUUGCAUUUCGUUCAGUUUAUAAUCAUCGUAUAAGUGCUCAUUCUGGUAGUACUGCAUAUAGUAGUAUGAGAAGUGAUUCAAUGAAUGUUGAUAGUGCUCUUUUUCUUCCAAGUAAUCAUUCAAGUAUGAUUUCUUUGGCUCAACAUCCAAGUGCAUCACCAUAUGAAUAUGAUUGUAUAUCAAAUGAUAAUAUCAAAUAUGAAACACGAAGUAAUAAUGCAUUAACAAUUCCAUCUAUUCAAACUUCUUAUAGUCCUCUUCGAUGUUCAAAUGGAAGUUCAGAACAACUUCUUACAUUACCACGUGUAAAUUCAACAACAAGUCAUUUAAGUUCAAUAUUAACUAAUGAAUUAUCACCAUCGAGUAGUUUUUGUGUUAGUACAUUAUCAGGUGAUAUUCAACAACCAACAAUAUUAAAUUCGAAUCCAAAAAUGACACAUUUACUUUAUUUUCUUCAAACACUUGAAUAUAAUCAACAUUUAGAUAAUGAAGAUAUUUAA